UAUUUAUCAUCAGGCACUCUCUCGUUUAAUUUCUAUUCAUGCACAAGAAAAUAAACAUGGCCUUUUCAAACUAAAAUCAAACACGGAAUCGGAUCAUGAGGAAAAGGAGCCACCUUCCUUUCAUCUGGUUCCUCAGCCUGACCAAGGUAAGCCCCCCAAGUAAUCAAGACAUAGAACUAGAGAGAUUUAUAACAACUUAAUAAUAAAUAGCGCAUACAAUUCGUCAUGGUGAAAAUAGUUUCAAACUUACAUUUCAGAGUACAGAAAAGAAGGGGAAUUACAAUCAUGGUGAUGUGGUCUUACCCGGAAGUGAAUUCUCCAAGCCUGGGAUCCGUUCAUCCCGGACAGAUGAACCUUUUAUUUGUGUAACUCUCGAAUCCACAAACAAUCAACAAACCGUAUCCACCGUAAGCGACUUUCUACACUCAAUCACACGAGACUACAUGUGCUCGUUGCAACAAAAGAAAACCCAAUCACGUUUCGAGUAUGCUGCCUCUGGGAAAUGGGUCCGUCUUUGCGCUCUUUACCCUUUACAAGGCUUAGACACCGUCGCCUUAAGCCCUGCCAAUGAAGUUCGUAUCAAAGAGGAUCUCGAUAGUUUCUUGAACAAUAAAGCGUUUUAUAAGCGUGUGGGGUUCCCGUAUAAGCGAGGAAUUGCCUUGUUUGGUCCUCCAGGCACCGGUAAAACCAGUUUGGUCUUUGCGGUGGCGUCGCAGCUAAAGCGAGACUUGUAUUUCAUUAACCUGGCUUAUCUGGAUUCAGACGCUGAAUUGUUUCAGGCCUUUUCAAACGUACCUGCCCAUGCCAUUGUUGUAUUUGAAGAUAUUGAUACCAUGUCCUCUGCUCUUUCACCAAGACAGCAGGUACAAGAGGAAGAGGCCAAGUUUAAUUUGGGUGCUUUCUUGUCUAUCUUGGAUGGACAUACGUUGGAAGAUGGCAUAAUAUUUAUCAUGACGACAAACCAUCCAGAACGGUUAGAUCCCGCCAUCAUUCGACCAGGCCGCAUGGAUGUUCACCUUGUACUCACAUAUGCCACAUUCUACCAGAUGCGGUGUAUCUAUCGCAUGGUGAUGGACGAGGAUGAUACGUCUACAUUAGACGAUGUCUAUCCGGAUUUGGAAAAGGACAUGAGGGAGCAUAUCAUUCCACCCAGUGAGAUUAUGCAAAUUAUGGUUUUAUAUAGAAAUAAUACAACGCUUAUUCCGCAACAAUUAGUGCGAUUGAUGGAACACUAUUCUAACUUAUAGAUAUCUCUUUAUUUGCUGAUCCAAUGCAUCUUCAAGCCUUAUCGGUAAAUAUAUACUAUUUAGGACCUUUUUUUUUAUAUUCUAUAUUUUAUGUGAUAAAUAUUACCUUGGGUGAUGUUCUUCUGUAUUGAUAAAAGAAGUUUCUUUCAAACUAUGUACAGAAAAGU